GUUUUCUGUUUAAAAGGAACUCAUCCUUCUCUCUCCAUUUCGGUAUCCUUUUUUCUUUACUUAUCCCUUACACUCCUUUUUAAAGAGAUGUACUUUAAGACUUCUGCCCUUGCAAUUGCCAUCUUGCACGUUGCCGGAUUAGCCGAAGCUGCCAAGAGCUCUGAGAGCAAGUCAUCAUCCCACUCCAAGUCCAACAGCACUCUUUCAAAGCCUCAGGAUUAUUGGAAGAACUUCAAAUCCUUGGUUGAUCCCAACAACAUCACCAUUCCCGCUAUUGCCCAAACCACUUCCUUAAAUCCUUCUGAUGAAUGUAAAUACUACGAACCUCCUUCCAACUUUGUCUACAAUGCCAAGGAGUGGCCUAACCUUUGGGAAACUGCCACUUCCAACGGUAUGACCAAGACUGCCGAGUUCCAAGCUCUUUACAAGUCUAUUGACUGGACCAAAGCUCCUAAGAUUGCCGUUCGUAAGAAGACCUCCGAUGGUGGCGUUGACAUGACCGGUUAUCCAGACAGUGAUCCUGACUGUUGGUGGUCAUCCUCCACCUGUACCAAGCCCAAGCAUAAGGAUGUUAAUGAAGAUAUCUACGCUUGUCCCGAACCUGAAACUUGGGGUCUUACUUACGAUGAUGGACCCAACUGUUCUCACAAUGCUUUCUAUGACUACCUUGAGCAAAACAAGAUCAAGGCUAGUAUGUUCUACAUUGGUUCCAACGUCGUCAACUGGCCCUACGGCGCUCAACGUGGUGUCAAGGCUGGCCAUCAUAUUGCUGACCACACCUGGUCUCACCAAUUGAUGACUACUUUGAGUAAUGAAGAAGUCCUUGCCGAACUCUACUAUACUCAAAAGGCUAUCAAGAUGGUUACUGGUGUUACUCCUCUCCACUGGCGUCCUGCUUUCGGUGAUGUCGAUGAUCGUGUUCGUUGGAUCGCUACUCAACUCAACUUAACCACUAUUCUUUGGAACCUCGAUACUGAUGACUGGGCUGCUGGUUCUUCCAAGACUGUCGAUGAAGUCAAGGCUACUUAUGAUGCUUACGUUCAAAUGGGUUCCAACGGUACUUUUGCCAACAGUGGUCAAAUCGUCUUGACUCACGAAAUUGACAACACUACCAUGAGCCUCGCUGUAGAAUACUUGCCCAAGAUCACUGCCGCUUACAAGAACGUUGUUGAUGUCGCCACUUGCAUGAACAUCACUUAUCCUUACCAAGAACACACUGUCAGCUUUGCUCCUUUCGGUUCUAGCGCCAACUCUUCUAGUACCUCUGCUUCUUCUGAUGCUGCUCCUGCUGCUCCUGCCGCUUCUUCCGCUGCCACCGCUGAUGCUCCUGGUACCACCACCAUCUCUCUUGCUGCUAACAAGGCCGAAGUUCCUGUCUCUGCUGGUAUUCAAAUUAACCCCAACAGCUUGAUCGUUGCUGCCUUUGCUGCUGCUGCUUACCUCAUGUAAAGUUUUGAGGUUAUAAAUUUUAAUAUACACCUUCCUUUUACCCUUUUGUUUCUAUAUAAAAUGUGUAUCACUUGUUUUUAAUAAUAGAAUGUAUCACUC